AUUACACCAGAAGCAUGGAGGCAUUGCAUAUGCAUUUGGCCGCUUUGGCUAUUAUUUCGCUUCUUAUAGUUUUGUUUAAAUAUAGAUUUCCGUAUUUUGUGAAGGAUGUCCUGUAUACUUUUAGGAUUGCCAGGAUUUCGUGGCGAAUGAGACACAUUUUAAAUAAAAGGCCAUUAUACACAAUUUUAGACUGCUUUUUGGAAGCGGCAAAGAAAAAUCCCAACAAAACCUUCAUUGUUUUUGAGGGGAAAACGUUCUCUUACUCGGAGGCCGACAAAUGGAGCAACAAAGUUGGCAGAAGUCUGUGGAAUCACGCGCCUGUAACGGAGGGGGACACUGUCGCGCUUUUCCUGGGGAAUGAGCCGUCUUACCUGUUGAUCUGGCUCGGUUUGGCUAAGAUAGGAUGUGCUGCUGCACUGCUGAAUUACAACGUCAGGUCCAAGUCCUUGCUGCACUGCUUCUCCUGCUGCGGAGCAAAUGUCCUUAUUGUGGCUGCAGAAUUAAAAGAUGCGGUUGAAGAAGUGCUGCCGACUCUGCGCGAGCAGAAUAUCUCAGUCUUCCUCCUCGCGGAGGAAUGCGACACUGAGGGUAUGGAGAGCCUCGCCGACAAGAUCGAAGAGGCCUCGGAUGAGCCCCUGUCAUCGGCGCUGCGCGCUAACGUGACAAUUGGAAGCCCUGCACUGUACAUAUACACCUCAGGCACAACGGGUCUCCCCAAGGCUGCAGUGAUCACUCAGCAAAGACUGUGGGGAGCGUCUUCCCUUCAGACCGUAGGUGGGGUUACCGCCGAGGACGUGGUCUACAUUACUCUCCCACUGUAUCACACUUCUGGGUUUGUGGUUGGGUUUACUGGCGCCAUUGGAAGUGGUGCAACCAUUGUUCUACGGAGGAAGUUUUCUGCCUCUCAAUUUUGGGAUGACUGCAGGAAGUACAAUGUUACAGUGAUACUGUACAUAGGGGAACUCAUGCGCUAUCUCUGCAGCACAUCAAAGAGAGAUGAUGAGCGAGACCACCGAGUGAGGCUUGCGAUCGGUAAUGGGGUCAGGGCAGACGUUUGGAAGGAGUUCCUGAACCGAUUCGGGAGCAUCAGUGUGUUGGAAAUCUACGGUUCAACCGAGGGGAACAUCAGCUUCAUAAAUUACACUGGGAAGGUUGGCGCUAUUGGACGUGUGAAUUUCCUCCACAAGAAAGCAUUCCCCUAUGCACUGAUUAAAUAUGACACACUGAGAGAGGAGCCAGUGAGAGACCACAGAGGGCUGUGCAUUGAAGCUGCCAAAGGAGAGGCAGGGCUUCUGGUGUCCAAGAUAACGAAGAAAGCUCCCUUCUUGGGGUACAUGGGAAGCCUGCAGCUCACGGAGAAGAAGAGGCUACGGGACGUCUUUGAGAAGGGCGAUCUGUACUUCAACAGCGGAGACCUGCUGAGGAUCGACCAGCACAACUUCAUCUACUUUCACGACCGUGUCGGGGACACCUUCAGGUGGAAAGGGGAGAACGUGGCCACCACUGAAGUCUCAGACGUCUUCGCCAUGGUCGACUGCAUCCAGGAAGCCAAUGUGUACGGGGUCAGAGUGCCAGGCCACGAGGGGCGGAUAGGAAUGGCAGCCGUCACGUUAAAAGAAGGUGCAGAGUUCGAUCCAGCGAGCGUCUUCAGCCAGGUCAGCGGCCUGCCUGCCUACGCCCAGCCACGCUUCAUACGGAUCCAGGAUUCUUUGGAGAUGACUGGGACCUUCAAGCAGAUUAAAGUAAAGUUGGUGGAUGAGGGCUUCUGCCCUUCUGCAGUCCCUGACCCCCUCUACUUUCUGGACGACAAGGAAAAAAGCUAUGUGCCAAUGACCCAAGAGAUUUACCAUGCCAUAGAGUCAGGGAGCAUUAAGCUAUGAAAUUAAACUGGGUUUGUGAGUAAGGCCCAGGUGUAUUCGCUCUACGUCUGUGUUUUCUGUGAGGAGGCUGUGUCAUCUGUACAUCACUUGGGAUAAGAGAAGCUUCUUAGGGAUCAUUAGGUAAUAUACCUGUAGAUUUUUCAGCUGAUCUUAGGGAUGCACGCAUUUCUGUUCCAUCUGCCAGUUGUUACCAAAUGCAAGGCAUUUGUCUGAAAUGACAUAUUAGAAACAUUUGUCUUUACACAAUAAAGUAUUUUUCUGAA